UUCCAAGUCCAGUCCACCAAAUGUUACGGCUUUGAAUUUGAUCCCCAAAAAAGUGUCUUUCUCUGUUUUCUUGUCGUCUUGAUGUUGUGUAUUACCAUUAUAUAAGAAUCAGAAUCAUUCUGUCGCAUCUUUUUCUUCCUCCUUCUCUAUCGUAUAAAACUGGUUAGAGUGAGAUUACUAUAUUAUAAUCCAAUAAAAUUAAACAUAAAAAUAAAAAAUUUUCAAGCUUUCUCAUCAGAAUUUUCACCAUGACUUCGGUCCACACUAUGAACGGUGAUGAGCAGCUAACCACCGCUCAUAACAAUUUAUCUGUCCAAGAUCAGAGGGAAAUGCAAAGUGAAGAGGAGGUUAAUCAUGGUGGGGUCUGUGCGAUAUGCUUGGAUAAGAUAUUGCUGCCGGAAAUAGCAUUUGUUAAAGGUUGCGAGCAUGCUUACUGUGUGACGUGUAUUCUUCGAUGGGCCACAUAUAGUCAGAAUCCAACAUGUCCACAGUGUAAAAACCCAUUUGAGUUCCUCAACAUCCAUCGAUCACUUGAUGGCAGCAUCCAGGAUUACAUGUUUGAGGAGAGUGUUUGCUUACUUCUAAGGGCUACAUGGUUUAAGCCUUUAAUUGUGGAGGAUCACAAAGAUGUGUAUGAUGAUCUUGAUGUAUAUGAUUAUUUAGAGGACUACUGUGAAUAUGAUGAUUUGGAUGAAGUCGAUGAUUUAGAUGAAGCCUAUUUGAAUAACUCAUCGAGUCUUCGCAUUGGUAAUCGAAGAUGGGGAUAUAAUGGAUACAUUAGUGCUGGGCGCCAAGAAGCAAGACCAGUCUACCGGUCAAAUUUUCAGGACUCAGGUGCUGGUUCAUCCCAACAACCUAAGGAAAAGGAGGCUGCAAAAGACAGCACUGGACGACGAGCAAAGAGGGCACUUAAGCGUGAAGCUGCUGACAAAGCAGCUGCAGCCAAACAUCAGUUACAUUUGGCAAGAUUGGGUAGGAAGUAAUUCCAUUUCUCUAAGCACAUCAAACAUCAAACAUCAGACCUUCAACUUGAACCCUGAGUACAGUGUUUCUUUUCUAACUUUGUUAAAUGGUGUACCAUAAAAUAAUACUGACAUUUGCAGUUGUUAAAUAAUGUCGUUUAUUAGGCAACAUUUAUCAAGCUGGUGGAAAUACUGUCAAAUCCAUCAAGUUUUAGAUUUCUAAUUUUUGAUUUCUUUGUACUCAAAAUUGUUGCCAUUCUUUUUCUCGGACAUACUUGAUUUGGCAUUGUGAAGCGCCGAUAUUCAUCAGCCAAUCUUGUAUCAAUUUGGUGGUUGUAUCAUGUUAUACUCCUUUCAACUUCUUUA